UACAGAUCAAAAUGAUAACAGCCCCCACCACCAAAAAUUAGCUGGACCUGUACCUGUGUCGAUUCGAAUGUUGAUAGCUAUACUACCAACUGUCAGCAGAAAGAUGACAGUGUUAAUAUAUCUUUUUAUGUAGGAUUUUCGUAUUAAUGUAUUAACAGAUACAUUGGAAAAAUUGUUAACGCUUAUUGAUCCAAUUCAAUCCCUUGUCAUAAAUUUUUUUAUAUUAAUUGUUGAUUUUUGCGACCUAUUGAUCAACCAUUGUACGCAUGUUUCAUGCGGAAUAGUUGCGUCGUAACAAAGUUUAGUUAUCUUGAUUAGAACUACAACAAUUAAGAAAGCAGAUAAAGGGUUGGAUAACCUGUAUCUUGAAUCUAGCCGAAUUUUUAACAGUAUACUUUCGGAUUUUUUAACUCAUUUCUUUUUUGUAUUUUCACUACAUCAAAAUGUUUAUAAAACCACUUAAAGUAAAAUCUAAUAAUCAAUUGAAAGGAACAGAAAGGAAAAAAUUAUGCGAAGAAAUUUUAGCAGCAUAUCCGACGCUGACAGAUGAAGAAACGCAAUCGUUGAUUCCUAAGAAAGAGACGAUAAGCGUUAUGAAAAUUUUAACUUACAGUGGCCACUCUGGAAAAGUAUAUUGUGUAGCUAAAAUACCCAUGUUUUUCCAACUUGAAUCUUUGCAUCAGGCAAUAUUACCUACUAUAUUCACUUUAUGGCAUCAUCCAAAUUUGUUAAGGACUUUCACAACCUAUCCUCCAGUUGUAACAAAACUAGCUGCAGGUGCAAAUUUAAUGUUGCCUGGAGUCAGUAUCAAGGAGCCUGUAACAUUAUAUUCUUUUGGAAAAUUACAAAAGGGUACACCUGUUUCAGUAAACACAGAUGAUAAUAAGGCACCGGUUGCUGUUGGCUUUACCGCUCUUUGUAGCGAAGACAUGUACAUGUCUGGAGGACAUGGAAAAUGUGUAGAAAUUAUACAUGUAAUAGGUGAUACACUUUGUCAAUUAGGGAAGCCUCCUGUAAGGCCAGACUUAGGACCACCAAAUAUUGAUACAGAUAAUGAUAAAUUGAAAAAUAUAAAUGAAAUAAGUGAGCCGAGUAAUGAUAAUAAUGAAGAAUCACUUGUUGAAAUAAUGGACGAUUUAGAAAUAAAUAAUGAUAGAGUAUCAGAGAUUGAAUCUCCUUGCGAGGAAGAAAAUAAAAUAGAGGAAUCUGAUGAAAUAAAAAAUUUAUCUAUCGGUCAAGAAGAAGCAACUGUGGAUCCACUAAAGGAAAUGGACAGUUUGUUAGAAUAUUGCUUUUUAAAAGCUUGCAAAACUUCAGUAAAAUCUAAUGAUUUACCUAUGUUGACAUCCAAUUUCUUUAAAAAUCAUUUAAUAGCUGCAUGUCCACCAGAUAAAAACAUAGAUAUAAAAAAAUCUCGGUAUAAAAAGCUAUCAUUGUUUUUAGCAGAAAUGAAAACAAAAGGUGUUAUUAACACUUCUGUAACUAAAGGUGUUGAAAGUAUAUUAUCGAUUAAGUUUAAUCACCCUCUUAUAAAAGAACUAGUCAUUGUGGAGGAACAUACACCAAUCCAGGAGCCAGUUGUUUCUAAUGCAGCAGUUGUCUCCGAAUGUUAUAAAGUAACUGCCGAUGUUUUGCCAGUACUAUCAAAAUUCAGAUAUGAAAAAGGGGACAUUAUGAAAAGAGCUGAAAUCAGAAAAUGUUUUACUGAAUAUGUGAAAGCGGAGAAUCUUCAGGAUGGAAAGAUACUGAAAUUAAACCCGCAACUCGCAGGUAUUAUGAAAACCAAAGCGAAUGUGGAAACUGUGUUGAUGGAGGAUGGAAUAAAUAAGUUUAUUGGACGUAUGACGCAUAUGCACGAAGUCACUUUAGCUGGAAAUAAAUUGUUACACACGGGCAAGUUGGAACCUAUUGACAUGAGAGUCACCGUCCGAUCCGGUGGUAAGAAGGUUACGCUAGUAAACAAUUUAGAAACAUUUGGUAUAAAUUCUAAAGAGUUCAGCAAGGAAUGCCAGAGCAUUGGAGCGAGUGCAACAAUUACGGACGAACCGGGAAAGAAAACUCCGAGUGUUCUGGUUCAAGGGAAUCAGAUUUUAUACGUGUACAAAUUACUUACGGAAAAAUAUCAAAUAAAGAAGAAUUAUAUAAGAGGAUUAGAAUUCGCCCCAAAGAAGCAAGGUUCUCAUAAAAAAUAGGUUGCCUGUCAAAAAUUAUCACGUGAUAGAUGUAGCGCUACGUCAAAUUUUACCUCAUAAACGAUUAAAUUUUUAUUUAUUUCCGAUACGAAACUAUCCUAUUACAAGAUUAAAUUUUUACAGAAUCAUUUAAGAAUCUCUUGACUAUAAAAAAGACUGUAUGUAGUCUUUAUGAUUGAUACUAUGUUGAAUAAACGUUCAUUAGAAACGUAGGCCGCAUUCGAUUCUGCCCACAUCAAAGCCGUCUGAUGCCGCUACAUCAAAUCGGUGUUACUACUUGAGAUUUCAAUUUAGGACGUCCUUAAUUCCAAAUAUACGUAUGCUGCCAUCUCAAUAUAUUUUUUUCUAAAAAUAUUUUUUAUUAGGUGUUUCACUAAUUCAUUAAUUACUAACAUUGAAUAUCGAAUACAGGAAAACUUCUAUGGAUUGUAAUUGCAAUUUGAUUGAUCAAUAAAUGAAUUCGCAACAAAA